UUUGAAUGUACAGGAAAAUGCUCAUUUCCUAUGAGCGCGCACCUGGCACCCACGAAACACGCCAUCAUCCAAACCUUGAUGCACAGCCUUGAGCCAAAACAAGUGUCCAGAGCGGCUUGUGUCCCUUCCAAAUUAACACCCAUUUCAAUUCUUUACGUGGAUGAUGACGGAGUGGUCACCUACAAAUAUGAUUACGAAGAUAUGGUUGUAGCUGAAUGUGGGUGCAGAUAAUGAAUUUGAAAGAUAAAAAGGGGUUAAGACACUUGAUUUUAUCAAAAAAAUUUGUUUCUCCUUUGCUAGUUUUUCAAAAAAUGUACACACUUCUGUUUUAAAAGUAAACUAAAUCUAUUUAAUAUGAUAAUUGGAUACCUUCAAGUAACGUCAUCGUAGGUAAACCGCCAUUUGUUGAUUCAGAAACCAAUCAGGUUCGAUGCACACGUGUGACGUCGCUUAUACGUAUCCAAUUAAAUCACAUGGUUAGCCAUAAUCAUUUCACUUCUUCUUCGAUUUGCUAUGUUUAAUUACUCUGGGGAACAAUUUUUUUUCUUUCUGCAGCACGAGUUUUUUAAACAGCUACUUAGCUUAUUUCAAAUCUGAAAUCUUUUUCUCCCUACUAGCCAUAAUUUUUAAGCAAUUUAACGACAAUAUAGUCCGAACCAGGAGGUUUAACUUCUGAGGGUACCUACUUCUCUGGUACGUAGUUCGUAUUAGAGAAGAAAGUGAUAACACAUUUAGUACAUGACGCGAUAUGCUAAGAUCAUGAUUUUUUGUCUUAAGUGUUAUUUUCAAAUUAACAGACAAGUAUAUUUAUAUGUAUAUAAACCAGCCCAUUUUUUAUAAACUUAUAUAUUCAUACAAAAAAAUAAACUAAACUAAAAAUAUCAUUUUGAAAAAAAUCCGUAGCUUUCGGAAGAAACCUAAUUUCAGAUUUGAAAUCCUCACAUCCGAAUUAAGUAAGAUGCAGUACUUGUAUAAAUGCAACAUAAUAUAUGUUCCCCCCUGUUAUUUAAGCUACUCUAACCUAUACAGAAAGUACCUUAAUCACUUGCGCUGAUUUAUACUUUUAAAAUCCUUGCAAAAAUGACGCACAAUGCGCAAAAAAAAAAUAAA